UGUCGGGCAUUUCGUCUCAUUCGCGUGUGCGGUGUAUGUCUAAAAAAAAAUAUGUUUUAGUCACUCGCGGAGGAUUGCCAGCUGAACCCACGUUGUCGCUUCUUUUCGAAGCGUCGUGAAGAGGUGCACGUCGACCUCUUCUUUCACGAGUGCCCGUCGUAACGCAUCUGCGCGCGCGUUCAGGGUCACGGCCGCAGUGAAGUGACCAUGGCUGCUACCUCCGAUGCCGCCGCUGAUCAGCCGUUGCUGACCGAGCGCAUGGUCGAAGAGGAACAGAAGCUCCUCGAACAGGGCACAAAGGAAGAAGAACAGCGCACCCUGAGCCGGCGGGAACAGCAGGCGGCAGAUCGUGAGGCGUGCCUCGAGCGGCUCAAGAAGCUGCUUCGUGCCACCAACAUCUACUCGCAGUUCCUCAUCAAUCGCAUUGAGAAGCAGAAUGCGGAGAGGGCUGCCCAGCAGCAGCAGCGGCCUGGAAAGAAGACACUGGAGGGACCCAAGGAGGAGAAGCCAAGCCGAGCCUCCUCCAGCAGGUCCUCCAAGAAAGCACCGCCGCAGAGCAGUGCCGAGCCCUCCAAGGCGCCAAGCCGCAAGAGGAAGGCCUCGCCCAACUCUCAGGGAACCAAGGCCAAGUCGGCUCUGCUGGACCCUGCGGCUGCUUCGCCACUGUCUUCUCAGGAAGGGUCUCCCGCCCACCCAUCAAGUGGCCCCCACAACCCAGACUGCCCUGAGGGCCAGCCAGCCCUGUUCACCGGAGGAGUCAUGAGGUCGUACCAGGUCGAAGGGUACCAGUGGCUCAAGGUCUUGUACGAGAACGGUGUCAACGGCAUCCUGGCAGAUGAGAUGGGUCUGGGCAAGACGGUCCAGGUGAUUGCCCUGAUUGCCUCGCUCGUUGAGAGCGGUCUGCCGGGCCCUUACCUCGUGGUGGCGCCACUGUCCACCCUGCCCAACUGGCUCAACGAGCUUCAGCGCUUCACUCCGUCACUCUCGGUGGUGCUCUACCACGGACCGCAAGAGGAGAGGCACGCACUCACGCCGCAAAAGCUUCGCCGGACAGCGGUGGUGGUGACCUCGUACGAGGUGGCCAUGCGCGACCGUGCUCGACUGGCCCCCGUCGACUGGCUCUUGCUGGUGGUGGACGAGGCACACCGGCUCAAGAACUUCCGGUGCCGGCUGGUGCGCGAGCUGAGCCAGUACCAUGCCUCCAACCGACUCCUGCUGACAGGCACCCCCCUGCAGAACAGCCUUACCGAGCUGUGGGCCCUUCUGCACUUCCUCAUCCCUGAGAUCUUCCACGACCUGCAGGCGUUUGAAUCCUGGUUUGACCUCGGGGCCUUGUCGGGUGCCAAUGACGAGGCGGCGCGGUUUGUCGAGCGCGAGGAGUCCGACCACAUUGUGUCGACCAUGCAAGAAAUCCUGAGGCCCUUCCUGCUACGGCGCACCAAGGACGACGUUAUUCUCGAGCUACCACGCAAGACCGAGCUACUGGUGUACGCGCAGCUGAGCCCGCUUCAGGAGAAGCUCUACAAGAUCUGCAUGGACCGUGCAUUUGAGGCCGCUGCUGAAAACAAGGAUGAUUCCGGUAUAGAGGUGGAGAACCUGGGCAGGGGCCAACGCAGCUCGCGGAAGAAACCCGUCAAGUACACCAUUCCUGGCGAGGACGACAUCUUCGCCCACAACAGUGACGACGACGAGAACUCUCGCGACAGCGGCAUCAGUUCAGCGUCGUCGAAAGACGAGGUCCGUGACCCAUACGAGCAACUCCGGCGGAGCAAGAACCCGCUGAUGGACCUGCGGAAGGUGUGCAACCACCCGUACCUCUUCCACGGGUUGUGCAACGAGGACGACGGCACAAACGGCGAGCACCUGGUUCAGGCCUGUGGCAAGCUACGGCUUCUCGACUGCAUGCUCAAAGAGCUCAAGCGCCGAGGCCACAAGGUGCUGAUAUUUUCUCAAAUGUGCCGGGUGCUGGACAUCCUGGAGGACUACUGCUUCAUGCGGAAAUUCAAGUACUGCCGCCUCGACGGUUCGACAAGCGUGGAGGACAGGCAGCAGCAGAUGAACCUCUUCAACCAUGACCCCGACUACUUCGCAUUCCUGCUAUCCACGCGGGCGGGUGGCCUGGGCAUCAACCUGACCGGUGCCGACACAGUGGUGCUGUAUGACUCGGACUGGAAUCCCCAGUGCGACUUGCAGGCCAUGGACCGUUGCCAUCGGAUCGGGCAGACCCGGCCGGUCAUCGUCUACCGUCUAGUCACACGCGGCACGGUCGAGCAGCGCAUAGUGGAGAUGGCCGGGGCCAAGCGGCGCCUCGAGAAGCUCAUCAUGCAGAAAGGCAAGUUUUCAAAGGUGGGCAAGGAUGCCUCGAAGUGUGGCACCCUCUCUCCUCAGGAGCUUCUGGACCUUCUGCACUCCACGGACCACUCGGCAGUCAUCGACGCUGGCUCCAGCGUACUAUCGAAGGCAGAGCUGGACGCUUUGCUCGACCGAAGGCGCCUCGCUGCAAACCAAGGCAGCGAGCCAAACAGGUUGUUCGAGGUGGUUGUGAAAGACAGCGAUGCCAUCGACAACCUCAGCUAAGCCUCCAACGAAGAGACCAAAUUCAUCAAACCAUCACUUCAUUAAUGAUAAAGCACUCAUUCAGCAGU